UUCAUCACCGUACAUAUAUUCAUUUCGUACAUAUAUAGUUUUCAAAGUUCUAUUCAUAUAUGUUCUCCCUAUAUAUGGGGUUCAUGCCUUGGCAGAUCAUCUCAUUCUCUCAAGAAGCAAUUAAUAAUACUGGAGAGAGAGAGAGAGAGAGAUGGAUGCGAGGGUGACGAUGGUGAAGAGAUCAACGCCUUCUUCUCAUGAGCUGGGAGCAAGUAAUGCUCUACGAGCGGCAACAAUGGCGGUGGUGGUGGUGAUUCUUUUAGGGCAUAUCAUGAUCUUGGUGAUGACUCCAACUAAAGUUUUCAGACAGAAAUGGCUGCCCAAGUUACGAGUAGACGCCAAUUCUACCUUCUUCGGACCCCAAGGGGUAACAAUUUUGCUAUACCCAUUUCCAAUCCUACUUCUUGCUGUCUUGGCCUGCGUCUACGUUCACUUGGGAAAGAGAUAUGGCUCUAUCAACAUGGGACGCAGAGAGUUGAAGCAAAGACUAGGAAUAUGGAAGCGGCCAGAGAUGAUCAAAGGGUUGGGGAUUGUGUCACGUAUAGAGGUGGCUUUCUUGGCUAUGUUCCUGGCUCUGCUGGUUUGGUCUUUCUCCACUUACUUGCGCAUUGCUUUCGCCAGUAUCAACCCACAAUCUGCCGCAAAGGUUGGCGAGAAAGUGUGGGAAGCCAAGCUGGGGAGUGCGGCUCUAAGGUUAGGGCUGGUUGGGAACAUAUGCUUGUGCUUUCUAUUCUAUCCGGUGACUCGAGGCUCAUCAGUGCUGCCAUUUUUCGGCCUCACCUCGGAGGCAAGUGUCAAGUAUCACAUAUGGAUCGGUCACAUUCUAAUGACCCUCUUCACUGCCCAUGGUGUGUGUCAAAUUAUCUAUUGGAUUGUCACCGACCAAUCCUCCCAGAUGCUAAAAUGGAGUAAAACAGAGGUAUCAAAUGUGGGUGGAGAGCUGUCUCUGAUAGCAGGAUUGCUCAUGUGGGUUACAAGCUUCCAUGGCAUAAGGAGGAGGAUGUUUGAGCUCUUCUUCUACACUCAUCACCUCUAUAUUCUCUUUAUCGUCUUCUACAUCUUCCAUGUUGGCAUCUCUUACGCCUGCAUUAUGCUCCCCGGUUUCUACCUCUUCCUGCUAGAUCGCUUCCUGCGAUUCCUGCAGUCACGACAAGGGGUUCGCCUGGUUUCGGCUAGGGUUCUGCCAUGUGAAAUAGUCGAGCUCAACUUCUCCAAGAGUCCAGGGUUAAGUUAUAGUCCAACAAGCAGCAUGUUCAUGAAUGUGCCAAGCAUCUCCAAGCUGCAGUGGCAUCCAUUCACAAUCAGUUCAAGCAGUAAUCUGGAGCCUGAGAAGCUUAGUGUGAUCAUUAAAGGAGAAGGGAGUUGGACCAAGAAGCUGAACCACAUGGUUUCGUCAUCUUCUCUUGAUCAUCUUGAUGUCUCCAUUGAAGGGCCUUAUGGACCUGUUUCCACUGAUUUUCUUCUAAGGCAUGAAACCCUAGUGAUGGUGAGUGGAGGGAGUGGCAUAACCCCAUUCAUCUCCAUGAUCAGAGAGUUCAUCUUCAUGAGCGAGACGCUGAAACACAAGACCCCAAAGCUUCAACUCAUAGCUGCAUUCAAGAACUCUUCAGACCUCACCAUUCUGGACCUCAUCCUCCCCAUCUCCACCAACUAUCAACUCUCCAACAACUUUGACAUCCAAAUUGAUGCCUAUGUGACAAGAGAGAAAGAGCCCACACUUGAUCACAGUAACUAUAAUUCAAAGCCUUCAAUUAGAUCUGUUUGGUUCAAGCCAAAACCCUCGGAUUUACCCAUCUCUCCAACCCUAGGACCCAGCAGCUGGCUCUGGCUUGCUGCAAUCAUAUCAUCUUCAUUCAUCAUCUUUCUCAUCUUGAUGGGUACCAUCACUCGCUAUCACAUCUACCCAAUUGAUCACAACACCAACCAUAUCUACUCAAUGGCCUCAAGAUCGGCUUUGAACAUGGCGCUCAUAUGCUUCUCCAUAGCCACCACGGCCUCUGCAGCUUUCUACUGGAACAAGAAGCAGAAUAUGAGGGAAGCUAACCAGAUUAAGAGCCUGGAAGGGCCUACCCCAGCCGGGUCGCCGAGCUCGUGGUUCUUCAAUGCAGAUAGGGAGAUGGAGAGCCUCCCUCAACUGUCACUUUCUCAAUCCACGACAGUGCACUAUGGUGAAAGGCCUGACCUAAAGAGAAUUAUGUUUGAGCACAAGGAGGCAAGCAUUGGAGUUCUUGUUUGUGGCCCCAAGAAGCUGAGGCACGAGGUUGCCAGGAUAUGUUCAUCUGGGUUGGCGGAUAAUCUUCAUUUUAAGUCUAUCAGCUUCAGUUGGUAGUUUAAUUGAAUUAGUAAAUGUUAUUAAGUACUGGAAACAAGUGUCACUGAUUCCCAAUAAAUAAGAAACAGAAGGGGAACAAACGUAGGGUGUGGUAGAGAGUGAUGAAGUGGGCCAAAUUAUUAGUUAUUGUUGUGUUGCGUAUAUAUAGCUUUUAGUUCUUCAUUAAUCUUCAUUUCUGAAUUUGAUCACGUGUAAAUUGAAGGGCAGGAGGGGUGACAAACUCUUACGGUGCUUGGACUGUCACACACGAAUAACAAAUUCAGUUUUGAAUUACAAUUUAUAUAUGUUACAAUAUCGAAAGAGUGGCACUAUAUACAUAUAUCUACAACAAUGGAAA